CGUAAGGAGAUGGGAGGAGAACGGCAGAGGUACGCGCCGAGGACGAGAGAACCGGGGGAGAGACUUCGUUGCACCGCCGUGGUGAGGGGAGGGAAACGCGGGGAGCUGAGAGCGUAAGUCGAAGAAGAGAGGCGGGGAGAGAGAGAGAGAGAAGCGGAGGGGGGAGGCAGGAGAGGUGCGGUGGGGGGGCUCUCGGUGCUGCUGCACCCGGAGAGAGGGCGAGGGCGAGAGCCUCAUGGAGACGGCUGCAGCUGCCGCUGUCCGUGGUGCUGAAAACGAACGUCGUGUAUUUUGGCUGGCGAUGAGAAGCGGUCGACUUAUUCUCGAUGGGGGCGACGAAGACGGCGGGAUAGAUGACGUUUAACGGCGGCACGAGGUCGAUUGCAGCAGUGGUGGAUGCGGCGGCGGUGGUGGUGGUGGUGGUACUCAUUCUUGGCAUCGGUCUUCGAUAGUUCGUGCCGGCUUCGAGAGUGAGAGAGAGAGAGAGCGGGGGGGAAAAGCACAAUGUGCAAAAAUCGGCGACCGCCAAGUUCUCCUUGGAAUAAUAAUAAUAAGGACCCUUUCGGCUGCUCCGCGCGGAGCUGAUCCCGAACCAAGUGGAAACCGACGCUCGGCAUUUCCUGAUUGGAACGCCAGAGGCCCCGUGUUGUAAGAAAGAAAGAGAGACACGAAAAGGCGAGGAAGAUUAAGAAAGGCGGAAGAAUUGGUAGAAGAUGCGUCAAAGAGCGGAGUCUGCUGCUGUAGGAGUAACAAGACCGUGAUCCAUACCCCGACCCGUUGAAGUCAUCCUCUUCCAUAACCCACCACCAUACAGCUCUCCUCGACUCAACCAGCAGCAUCAGCUCACCCCCCCCCCACCACCAUCACCUUCCCACCCACCCCUCCCUGUCAUCCCAUCGGCCCCCAUCACUACAUCACCUCGCCCCCCCCUUCUCCCUCCCCCACUCCCCUUCCUCCACUGUAAGCGCCAGCGUCGUCCCAAUCACGGAUGCCGAAUCUCAUUCCCGUGACGAUGAUUUUCAUGCUGCUCGGCACGUCGGUGGUGUUGGCUCUGGCGGGCAUACUGGACACGAACGCCUUCCUGGACCGAUUCCACAACUACAUCCUCCCUCGCCUCCGCGGGGAGGACCGCGUGUGCCACUGCGUGUGCGGGAGGCACCAUGUGCACUACGUGGUGCCGUACGCGGGCGACAGCGCAGAGGUGCAUAGCCCUGACGGCUACGCGGUGACUCCGGCGCUGAGCAAGCAGGAGGUGGAUCUGCUGCUGGGACUCACCCUGGGUCUGGGCAUCAGCUGGCUCUUGCUGUGGCUCGACCGGCGCCUCACCGACGCACAGCUCCGACAGCUCGCCGCCGAGGCGUGGCGAUGGCUCUCCUGCCGCUUCACCCCCAAGCGCCGCUCCGUGGGUGGCGGCGGCAGCAGUGUCGGUGUCGGCCGGCGGCACCGCUACCACGCGUUCCCCCGCGACGACGAUGACGACGACGAGGAGGACGACUCGGCGGGCGCCGGGCUGCUCGUGCCCGCCGGGGCGGGAGGAGGAGGAGGUGGAGGAGGAAUAGGAGGAGGAAUCGGAGGAGUGGGAGCAGGAGGAGGAGUAUUGGCGCCCGCCGGGAACGCGUUAGGGCACGGCCACACGCACGCCCAGCAGCAGCAGCAGCAGCACGGCGCCCACGCUGGCCACGAGAACUCGAUGCACUUCAAGCCGCGGCUCUGCCACCACAACGGCCACGCGGCCACUGGCAAGCGGCUCUGAGCCACGCGCCACGGCAGCAGCAGCAGGAGGAGGAGGAGGAGGAAGAGGAGGAGCAGGAGGAGAUGCGCUCGUCUGGGAACGGCGAGGUGGGGAGGUGGUGUUGGAUCAGGAGGUAGUGGAGGUGAUGGUGGAGAUUGGGAAAGUGGUGAAAAUGGUGGAGGUAAUGGUGGAAGAGGUGGUGAAGGUGGUGGUUGUUGGUGGCGGUGACGGCGAUGGAAUGUAGUGGCUACGGCAGUCGUGGGCAUGGUGGUGGAGGUGGAGGUAAAGGUGAAGAUGGUCGUUGUGAUGGUGGAAGAGGUGGAGGGUGAGAUACAGUUGGUGGUGUUGGUAGUAAAGGUGAUGAUGUUGGAGGUGGUGUCGGUGGCGGUGAUGGUAGCAGUGGUGAAGGAGCGAGGGGAGGUGGUGGUGAUGAUGGAGGAGGGGGGGGGGUGCUAAUGGUGGUAGCAGAAUGUGAAGGUCGUCAAGGAGAUGGUGGAGCUGACGUUGGUAAUUGUGGUGGUGGUGGUGGAGGGGGAAAUGAUGAAGGAGAUUUUUGGUGGAAAUUGAUGAGAUAUUGGAGAAGGUAGAGGAGGAGGGGGGGGGGGAUUGGAGAUGGAUGAGGUGACGGUGGUGGUAACAUGGCAGAGGUGGUGGUGGCAGUGGCGUUGUGUGGUUAGAUAACGGUGUCGGUGGCUAUAGUCGGUGGGUAGCGGGGAUUGUCGUUGUACGGAGCGGAGGUGGAGGCAUCUGUUGGCAAUUGGUCGAGGAGCUGGUGGCAGUGGCCACUGAGCUGGUAGUAGUCGUGGUGGCGGUGGUGCGCUGUGUUACAGUUGGGUCAGGUUUCAGUUCCAUACACGUCUCCUGGACAUCUGUGGAACAUUUUGGACGUCUGUGGAGAAAAGGAGCAUCAUAGGCUCGUGGGAUUGCUCCAGUAUGAAUCAAUAGAGAGACUCCUCGACUUACGAACUAGUUAGGUUUUAGAAGUCUGUUCGUAAGUCGAUUUUUUUCGUAAGUCCAACUUUACUCCUGUCGAUUCCAAACACAUUGUGCGGCGUGUACACAAAACACGGGGAAUGGCUUUAAAAGUUGUAUAAUCCCCUGUAGAUGUCGAUGCCACUGGUUCUUCACGUUCUGUAGAUGUAGAUGCCACUGGUUCUUCACAUUCUGUAGAUGCCACCGGUUCUUCACGUUAUGCAGAUGUUGAUGCCACUGGUUCUUCACGUUCUGCAGAUGUAGAUGCCACUGGUUCUUCACGUUCUGCAGAUGUAGAUGCCACCGGUUCUUCACGUUCUGCAGAUGUAGAUGCCACCGGUUCUUCACUUUCUGCAGAUGUAGAUGCCACCGGUUCUUCACGUUCUGCAGAUGUAGAUGCCACUGGUUCUUCACAUUCUGUAGAUGUAGAUGCCAC